GAUACGCGGCGAGUCUUUACUCGUGGCUUAACUGUCCUUUUGAAUUCUUCUCAUCUGGACUCUGUCGCGCAUCUGUACUUUUGUUUUUCCAUCCCGAAACGUGCUUCUUACGAGUGCUGAAACAGCGAACUACAAAAAUAUGCUUUCUUCUGCCUCUCCCAAUCGAACCAUCUUCGCCCGGUGCUUCUUAUUUUUCGUGCUCUUCCAUCCCAUCGUACAGAAUGGAUACUGCAACAAUAGCCUGGAAUCUUUGAUCGAAACCUCAGCUAAUUCGACCCAAAGGGCUGAUGACGACGAUGAAAUCGCGUCCGAGAUUCAUUACACGACCUGCAAAAUAACGACGGAAGAGUUAUCGGUCGAUGCGCAGGCAAAGUUCACCAGAGUCCUCACCGGACCGUGCGCUGCGAAAACACUCGAGAAUCGUUUCGAAAGAUUGGAAAAGCUGUUGAGCGAUCGACUGAGCGAAUUGCGGGAGUUGAUCGUUCGUUCGAUGACGAAAUCGGAUAACAAUUUUCCUGAGACAAACGAAGCAGAGGCGAUGAGAACGAAAGUGGCGUACGCGAAAAGAAAUCGUUUGAGAGAAAGUCUUAUCGACGUUGGCGAGAACGAAUUCGAGCACGGAAACGCAAAUAAUUUGGGAAUUUUUGUACGCCAAUUGGAAAUCGAUCGUUACAACGACACUGUCCAUGAGGAGAAGCAGCGAAAAGUUUACACUUUUUAUUGGCGAGUUUCGAAUUUAUCGGAAAAACUAUCAAAAUGGGAAACCGGCCGAUCGGAGCGCAGCUCAAGUUUUUACGUAGCUGAUGCCGGAUACUCGAUGUAUUUGAGAUUCACACCGAAAUACUUUCCUGACGGAACGAUUUUCAUCAGCGUGGGACUCACUGCUGGAUUCAACGACUCCAAAAUUCUUUGGCCAUUUCCAUUGCCAGUCAGAAUCGAGAUUCUUGAUCUUACACCAAGAAUGAAUGACAGUCCGAAGGAUCGAAGCUCCCGGCUAUGGGAUCCAGCGACUGUUUGUUCAUCCUAUUUCUGGGGACGUCCGCGCCGGAGAAUUACCGAAGAUGAGUCUCCGGACAAUCCUGAAUGUGUGGGUCUCAGUGUACCGAGACAACUUCUAACGACCUCCAAUAACAAACGAACGAAUUUCUUUCCUUCCCAUUUCCUCCCAACACGAUCGACAGGAAAAUAUAUUUCGAACGAUUCUCUGUUCGUCAAACUGACUGUGUAUUUGUAAGGGAAACUCUCUCAGUGAUUGUAUUUCAUCGUUCAAUAAUGAGAUUAUUUUUUCGAAAUUUACAUCGAUGAUUGGACAAUAAAGAGGUUUCAAACUUCAAACAAUGAGCAAAA